ACCAACUGCAAACCGUUUUUAUCCUAUUUUGCACCAGAGAGCUUACUAGAGUAGAAAUCGAUUUCGAAAAUAUAAUUUUCUGAAAAUAUUCCAACGCUCAACCAUGUAUCGUCGCAAUUUAACCCGAAUUCAAAUUAAGUUGGACGAUAUUCGUGAUUAUGAACGCAGCAAAAAGAACGAAAAAGAUAUCGAACAACAGUAUGAUUCGAAAAAUAGCCAGCAGCAGCAGCAACAACAACAACAGAUACAAACUGCCGAUGCAUCGACCAAUACAUCACGACCUGACAGUACAGCGGCCAACAAUACAAAUCAUAUAAUAACUCGACAACAACGUAUUGGUUAUUUUUCUUAAUUACUCUGGCUUAUUUUUAUUAAAUUUUCAUAAUAAAGUGAAAAAAAA